AUCUGUAGAAGAACCCGGUGGGCGUUAAUGGCGGAGCACGGAAGCACAGCAGCUAUGACUACAGCCUUAAAAGUCUUCAACAGGUUCCUGUAUUAACAAAGAUCCAAGCAAACGCAUUGGGGAAGCCUCUCUGUGCACAAAGACAGUAACGGUUUACUCCUUGCUCCCGCCCUGUGUUGGGAGCACAGAGCCACACUCUCCACCAGCGGCCCAGCCAGAGGGAACCAUUUCAUUUUUGGACCUGUGCUUGCUGCUCUCCGAUUGGCUCAGAUUGAGACUCAAACACAGAUUGCUCUCCGGCAGAUUGCUCUGCUAGCUUCCAUCGUUUGUGGCCAUCAGAGUGAUCUUGCGGCAGUAGUACCUCUUAACCUGGCCCUGCUGGGUCUUUCUACUCGACAGCAGGUGUCGACGUUGGGGCUAGAAGUCACGACGAACGGACAGAUUUCUGCCAUCGCACAGCCACGUCUGUCUGCUGCCAUGUUUCACCAGCAGCAGGGCCCUCAGCAGUUUCCAAACCCAUCUAGACCUCCUCAUCAUCAGCCAAAUGCAGGUCAGCAUCCAAACCACCCCAACAUGCAGGGAAUGGGGUUCCAGUUUCCUCGUCCAAACCAACUCCCAGAUGAGCUGGAGUCUGCCCUUGCUAUCAGGGGCAGCAGAGAUGUGGAUCAUCGCCAAAUGGAUCACAUGAACCAGUCAAACCAGAAUCAAGGUUCAGCCGCAGGGAUGGGUCAACACGGAGGCUAUGGUUCCCAACCGAUGUUGCGUCCUGCUGAUAAUCAGCCUGGCCACCAGCAAGGAGUCGACUGGUCAAACUACCCACCUCCAUCCGCGCUGUUCGCACCGACUCAGCACCCACCUCAGAGCAGCCAAGAGGGAACCAGACUACCCAACUGGAAUCCUCCCAUCGGCGACUCCCAGUCUCCUCAACCUCGACAGUUGCUUGGUGAUGGAGGCAGGGCGGAAGGUCAGGGGAUGUACACACCGGAGAGCGCAGGGAGCAUCUUGGCUAGCUUUGGACUCUCUAAUGACGACUUGGAAGUGCUGAGUCAUUACCCAGACGAUCAGUUAACCCCCGAUACAUUACCGUUCAUACUCCGUGACAUCCAGCUCAACAAGUCCGGCAAGAAGUCAUCUUCAGCUUCGUCCUCAUUAUAUCCUCCCAACAUGCCUCCUCCUCAUACCUCACAGUCCGCUGAAGUACCCAGCCUCCUCACUGUUACGCAGACGGCGGGCAAAGUUAUUGACUAUGGACAUGCCAGCCGUGGAACAGAGGAAGGCAGCACUAGAGAGACUUUUAAAAGAGAGCAACUCUCUAAAGUGGAUAAAACAGAAAGACGUCAAAUCUGUUUAGACCCCAAAGAGCCAAGCAAACAUGGAGACCAGGACUAUCGCAGGGCAAACUGCGAGAAACGCAAGAGUAGCCGAUCGCCGGCAAGAGAUUUCGCACCUUUGCCUAAAUCUCACAACUUAGACAGAGACUAUCGGCGAGUGGAGUCUAGGCGAAGGUCGUCGUCGGAAACCAGGAGCGAAGCGUCCUCCAGACGCUCUCCGUCGUCGUCUUCUGCUUCAAGGCAGCAUGGCGGUAGCAAGAAGUUACCCACCCCUACCAUGAUAAGUGAUUUCGCAGCGAUGUCUCCAAAGGUGUAUCCCCAUACCUGCUCACUGUGUCACAUUCAGUGUGACCAGGAAAAGGACUGGGUGUCCCACAUUAACACAGUCGAUCACACGGCCGCCUGCAGGGACCUGCGGAACAGGUACCCUGAAUGGAAACCAAAUCUGCCGAGUCGCAGUGGGCGAUACGGCAGCCGUGCUCUGUGGGAUCCCAAGGAUGGCUCUCUGUCUCGCUCCCGCUCUCGCUCUCCAGCUUCUCAGGGCAGAUACCGAAGAGAGCCCUACGUCCACCGGCCGCACGGCAGGACGCGCUCUCCAGACCGGCCUUCACGGCCCCACCUCCACUCAGAACACAGCCUUCGCUUUGAACGGCACCUCUCUGGCCCUCAUUAUUCCCAGAGGACAGCUUUCCCCUACAGAGACUCUUUGUCUGACAGGAGACGGCGGGAGCCUUCAGGUCUGGGCGACCGCUCUCACCGCGGGCUGAAGCGUCCUCAUGAAGAUCUAUCCAAAAGCUAUGCUGAGGCGGGCCACGGAUCCAGGCAUGGCGCCCCGAAGUCUGCGGCUAAAAGCACCAGACCUGCAGUCAAAGCAGCCAAGAUGGUUGUUAAAAGUCAACCAGUGAAGAAGAAGAAGAAGGUGGCUGCUCCGUUCUCCCAGGGCCUGAGCUUUGCAGAUCGCUUGGUUUACCUGACGGGCAUUCCUGCCGAUGCAACAGAGCAGGAAGUGACGGACCUGGUUGGAUCUUUUGGAAAGAUCAAUAACGUGAUUCUCCUGCCGUGCUUCGAGGACGACGCCGAGAAGGAGCAGAAGGCGUCUGUUUGUAUGAUGAAGGCAGAGGACGCCAAGGCUCUGGCCUCUGCUGCCAAGCUCUGCAUCAGAGAGAAGGAGAUCACCGCCUCCAUGGCCAAGGUUCCUGCAGACAGUCUGCUCUCUGAGGCUAACAGUAAGCCUGAAGCAGCAUCUGAGCAGGAGUCUGCUGGGAACGUCUCAGGUGAAACAGACCAUGCCGCCUCUGAUCAGGGCUGGAAGGUGCUGAUCAGCGGCCUUCCUCACAGCGGCUGGUCAAAGGCCGACAUCGUUCAGUUUGUCCAGCCCUUUGGGACGCCCUCUGACCUCAUCCUGGCGAUGGACGUCGGAAAGGCUCUGGUGUCGUUUCCUGACCAGGAGGUUGCUGAGGAGAUGGUGAAAGUCCACAGCUUUAAGCCUGCCGUGUUUCUGGACACAGAGGUGAAGAUGAGCGUGGUCAAACAGCCCAUCGGACUCACCACUCCGGUGGCUCUUUACAACCUUCUGAUGCAAUCAUCAGAACCGUCGGAGAGUCCGGCUCUGGUUGGCUGGAAGCAUCUGGUGGCGAUCAGAAAUGUUCCUGACUCACCUGCUGGAUCCAGGGAGGUUCUGAGGCUGAUGCGGCGCUUUGGGACGGUCAUCAAGUCUCUGGUUGUCAGCAACAUGAUCAUCUGUGAGAUCGCCACCAUCUCCAUGGCGCUGUCCGUCUACAAACGCUUCCUGAUGUUCCCCUGCAUCAUCCAGAGCAACCCCCUGAUCUUCCACCGCAAACCGGACCCCAAAGCUCAGAGCAAGGUCAUCCCCGCUUACUGCGACACGCCUGAGGAGAAACCUGCAGAUAACAGCCAAGCAGCAGCAGAAGCUCUACAGGAGGGCGAGCACGAUGAAGCUCCACCUGAGAGGGGCGAGGAGAAGCAUGAGGAGAAGGGCGAGGAGAAGCAUGAGGAGAAGGGCGAGGAGAAGCAUGAGGAGAAGGGCGAGGAGAAGCAUGAGGAGAAGGAGAAGGGCGAGGAGAGGGCUGAGGAGACAAAAACUGAGGAAGGAAAUCCGACGGCGAAGGAGAGUAGAGACAAGGAGGCGGAGUCGAGCAUUCUUGUGUCUGAGUCCUUAUCUAAGCCGGACAAAAGCGACGCUGACGAUGGAAACGUUAGCAAAGACGCAUCAGAGUUGGAUGUCGUAGACAAAGAAGCUCCUCCUGCCCAUCCACCUUCCGUCUCCGUGGAGACGGCCAUGCCUGACCUGCCCAAGAUGACUCAGGCCAUGGUUAACGCCCUGCUGGUGGAGUGCAGAAACAGAAUCGCUAACAGCCUCAACAGGAAAGCAGCGCCCCCCGCUGGAGACCAGGGGGCAGCAAGACAGGACAAGGACGACACAAAAGACCAGACCAAGAAGACGACAGAGGAAAGAGACAAGGAGGCGAAAAAAACGGACCUGGAGAGAAAAGAGAGGGAGGCGAAGAAAGAGAAGGAGAGGAGGGAGAGAGAGAAGAAGGAGAAGGAGAGGAGGGAGAGGGAGAGGAAGGAGAAGGAGAGGAGGGACAGAGACAGGGAGAGGGGGGAGAAGAUCAGGAAGGACUCUGAUAGGAGGGAAUGGGAGAGGAAAGAACGGGACAGGAGGGAGAGGAGGAGAAGCCACGAGGAGAAGCCGUCUGGGUCCAGGUCCACCAGCAGGCAGAGGUUGAGGGAGCAGCGCUACAGGGAGGAGGCUGAGAGGAGGAAGCCGGACCAGGAGGAGAAGAAGGAGGAGGAGGAGGAGGAGGAGUUCCCCUUCAACCUGACGGACUUUGUUACAGUGGAUGAACUGGGAGAUGUGACUGACCUCCCUGACCCUACUGUUGUCAUAGAAACCUUAGAGGGGGCGGAUGAAGCUCCACCUGAAGAGGCCGUAUCCAUGGAGACCAGCAUGGCCCAGGAGGCACAGCCUGAUGAGAAAAUCCCAGAAUCCCAAGCUGUGAGCGAGCCAUCAGCCGCUGACAGUCUGGAGUCUGGUUCGGACCCGCCUACUGUAGAACCUCCCCCCGGUGAAACCGAGGGCCAACCAGGACCCCCCGGUGAUCCAGGAACCACGGCGGCCUCAAGCCUCCAUGCUGAGCCCGCUUCCAGCUCUGCUCCUGCAGCUCCAGCUCAGUCCGACCCAAACAGCCCAGCUGGAGCGGAGGAUGGAGGCGGGUCUGUUAAGCAGGGCGAGGCUCAGGGCGGCGAGCCGAUGGAGGAAUCUGAGCAAAGGGAGGGAGAUCCAGAGCCUCCAGCAGUGGGGGAGCAGCCGGCCGUCCUGCAGACAGAAAAUCCUGAAACUGCCAAAGACGACCCCAGAAAGGAGAGCGUGAAGACGGCCCUGCCUCCCUACGACCCCAUGACGGCUGUUGGUAUGGAGUAUUUGGUCCCUAAGACGGGCUUCUUCUGUAAGGUCUGCAGCCGAUUCUUCACUGGAACCAAGGUGGCCGAGAUCAACCACUGCAGAACCCUGAAGCAUUAUGAGAACCUGCAGAAAUUCCUGCAGAAUCCAGAAUCUUCAAACACAGCUGUGAAGAAGAACUCCAGCUGAACUUUCCUCGUUUGUCAUGCAGUGUGCUUUCAUUUCACUCUUAGGGUCCACAUUUCCAUGGUUCCAUGGCGUAGUUCCAUUUUGUUCUUUGAAGGCAGAUUUUGUUGAUUGUUUUGUUGCUUCCAGGAGGAAGGAACAAAACCUGCUGCAAUAAUAAAAUAGUUUGGUUUUCUAACCUGUUUCUCCUCCAGUUCUUUCAUGGUCAGAUCCUUCAAAGGCGGCUAACAGCCUUUGUUGAUCAUCAGGUUCCCAAAAAGAUACAGACUCUAAACUAGAGAUGUUGCAGCAAAGCUGAUUCAGUUUAGUUCUGUAGCUCCAGUUCACAACACAUCAACCACCAUGACUGAACUACAUGUUUGGCUUUAAGCGCUGUUUUUACUGGAACAAACGGCUGAUUGUUUUAUUUUAUUUUUAGGCUAAGUUAGCUGCUAAACUAGAAACAUUCUUAGUCUGUGGUUCUCCAAAUCAUUUAACAGUUUUAAAAUGUUUGAUGAGCUGUUAGUGGGUUGGUGCCAAUUAUUUGUUCUGUUUGUGCUUCUGGGUCUGAUCGGAUAAAGGUCCAGAACCACAGACUGGUUUCUAACAGGUGCAGAAACAGAUUUUUCUACCCCUACAAAUGACCAGCAGAUGGCAGCAAAGAGUCAGUUUAACUCCAACUUGAACCAAACAAAUCUUUACAAACCAUUAGUUUGAAGUUGUUUUUAUUAACAGGCACAAAGGGUUUAUUUCCAGUUCCUUUUUGUUUGUCUUUUAUAUUUUCUUGUGAUCUUUUUAGCAAUUUAUUAAUG